AUUCAAGUGCCGGUUCUCGGCUGCACUUUCCUCACGCUGUCAGAUCGUGAGGAAAGUACUGCCGAGAACCGGCAGUUGUCAGAGCGGGGAUCGGCACCGAUCAUCAGGGCACUGAUGAUCAGUGCCCUGAUGAUCGGUGCCCAGCAGUGCCACCCGCAAGUUCCGCCCACCUGUGCCCAGCAAUCACCCACCUGUGCCCAGCAGUGCACCCACCUGUGCCCAGCAGUGCACCCGCCUGUGCCACUCUGCAGUGUCACACACCUGUGCCCAGAAGUGCCACCUACCUGUGCCCAGCAGUGCCACCCACCUGUGCCCACCCACCUGUGCCCACCAGUG